UUCCUGACAUUUCGAUUAGACGAUUUGUUUACUUCUUUUGCAUUGGUUAAAUUGGGUCGUCAAACCGUAUACCGUGUUAAAUGGAUAGUUUAAAAGAAAUUGUGUCUUUUAUGAACAUAAAUUCCCGUUUAGAUUUGAAGGCAGUGUCUGUUUCCCAUGUACUCAGUCUAACCGGAUCAGCCGAUGGUCGAAUUUUAAUUUACAAAUGUCCAGAGGUGGUUGAAGAAUUAUUAAAAUUAACUUCCGACAAAGAAGGAACAAUCGCCAAAGACGCUCUACUGGCCAUCGUUAAUUUGUCAGCAGAUGAAGAUGGUGCUAAGAUGAUACUUGACAAGGCACCAAACAUAGUCGUCGAAUGCACGAAAUUCAUUUUGGAUGAAAAUUAUCCUCUGGCCGAUGCGUGGGCUAUGGUAUUAAGUAAUGUAUCACGAACAGAAUGGUUGGCCGAACGUGUUAUCGAUGACAUUGAACAGAGUAGUGAGAAAAAUUUACUGGAAAGGCUGGUAUCCGCAUUCACUAGGAAUGGAUUCAAUAAGCAAAAUUGCAAUUUGAACUAUUUGGGUCCCAUAUUCAGCAAUUUGUCGCAAACAUCCAAGGGCCGUACUAUGCUGUGCAAUCCGAAAACCAGUCUACUCUCGCGUUUACUGCCAUUCAUUCACCAUGAGGAGAGUGUCAUUCGUCGCGGUGGUGCUAUUGGUCUGCUGAAAAAUAUUUGCUUCGAUUCGAGCAGACACAGCUGGCUGCUGAUGAAUGACGAUGUGGACGUAUUGUCAUAUAUUUUACUACCAUUGGCUGGACCAGAGGAGUAUACGACUGAAGAAAACGACAUGUUUCCAACAGAUUUGCAGUACCUUGAUGCCGACAAGAAACGUGAAGUUGAUCCAGAUUUAAGGAAAAUGUUGCUGGAAUCACUUGCUCAACUGUGUGCGACGAGGCAAGCUCGAGACUUUUUACGAUCGAAAGGUACAUACGAAAUUCUUCGAGAACUACAUAAGUUCGAAUGUACCGACGAAGGGGACAGAGCGUGUCUGUUGGCAUGUGAAAAUGUGGUCGACAUAUUGAUUAGAACUGAAGAAGAAAUUGGCGAGGACAAUUUGAAGGAGUUGGAGAUUCCAGACGAUAUUGUUGAUAAAAUUGAAAAAAUGGAUGCAAAUUUGAUUGAGAAAUAAAUUUUUAUGAA